GCAUCUCCCCUUGCAUGUCGCUGUGCGCCGAGUGCUUCACCAGGGCGACCACUCGGGACACGACUUCAACAUGUUCCCGCAGCCAGGCUGGGGGCGCCUGCGAUUGCGGGGACAGCAACGUGAUGCGGGAGAGCGGGUUUUGCAGAAGACAUCAAAUUAAAUCAAGUUCAAAUAUCCCUUGUGUCCCCAAAGACUUACUGAUGAUGUCUGAAUUUGUGCUUCCAAGAUUUAUUUUUUGUCUCAUUCAGUACUUAAGAGAAGGCUAUAAUGAGCCAGCAGCUGAUGUACCAUCAGAAAAAGACCUUAGCAAAGUUCUUCAGCUUUUGGAACCUCAAAUUUCCUUUUUAGAAGAUCUAACUAAAAUGGGAGGAGCGAUGAGGUCUGUUCUUACUCAGGUUUUGACAAACCAACAGAACUACAAAGAUCUGACUUCUGGUCUUGGAGAAAAUACUUGUGCAAAGAAAAGUCACGAAAAGUACCUUAUAGCUUUGAAGAGCUCUGGACUUACCUAUCCUGAGGAUAAACUUGUAUAUGGUAUACAGGAGCCAUCUGCUGGCACUAGCACUCUGGCAGUUCAAGGUUUUGCAGGUGCAACAGGGACAUUGGGACAACUAGAUUCUUCAGAUGAGGAGGAUCAGGAUGGAAGUCAAGGUCUGGGCAAGAGAAAAAGGGUCAAACUAAGCAGUAGCACCAAAGAUCAAUCCAUAAUGGAUGUUUUGAAACAUAAAAGUUUCCUAGAAGAACUAUUGUUUUGGACUAUAAAAUAUGAAUUCCCCCAGAAGAUGGUAACUUUCUUACUCAAUAUGCUUCCAGAUCAAGAGUAUAAGGUUGCUUUUACAAAAACUUUUGUUCAGCAUUAUGCUUUCAUUAUGAAAACACUGAAGAAAAGUCAUGAAUCAGACACGAUGUCUAACAGAAUUGUUCAUAUUAGUGUUCAGUUGUUCAGCAAUGAGGAGCUGGCAAGACAGGUAACAGAAGAAUGUCAGCUGCUGGAUAUUAUGGUCACUGUGCUAUUAUACAUGAUGGAAAGUUGCCUUAUUAAAAGUGAGCUACAAGAUGAAGAAAAUAGUUUACAUGUGGUAGUGAACUGUGGAGAAGCGUUACUGAAGAAUAACACUUACUGGCCUCUUGUCAGUGAUUUUAUUAAUAUUCUUUCUCAUCAAAGUGUGGCUAAGAAAUUUUUGGAGGACCAUGGUCUGUUAGUUACAUGGAUGAACUUUGUAUCUUUCUUUCAAGGUAUGAACUUAAACAAGCGAGAACUAAAUGAGCAUGUGGAAUUUGAGUCUCAGACCUACUAUGCUGCCUUUGCUGCUGAACUUGAGGCAUGUGCACAGCCAAUGUGGGGGCUUUUAUCACAUUGUAAAGUGAGGGAAACCCAAGAAUAUACUCGAAAUGUUGUUAGAUAUUGCCUUGAAGCUCUUCAAGACUGGUUUGAUGCAAUUAACUUUGUAGAUGAGCCAGCUCCCAACCAAGUCACCUUUCAUCUGCCACUACAUCGUUACUAUGCUAUGUUUCUGAGUAAGGCUGUGAAAUGUCAAGAACUAGAUUUGGAUUCUGUUUUACCAGAUCAGGAAAUGUUAAUGAAACUAAUGAUUCAUCCACUCCAAAUUCAAGCAAGUCUUGCUGAAAUCCACAGCAAUAUGUGGGUAAGAAAUGGUCUGCAAAUCAAAGGACAAGCCAUGACCUAUGUUCAAUCUCAUUUCUGUAAUUCCAUGAUCGAUCCUGACAUUUACCUAUUACAGGUUUGUGCUUCUAGACUUGACCCAGAUUAUUUUAUUUCAUCUGUCUUUGAAAGAUUUAAGGUAGUGGAUUUGUUGACAAUGGCGUCGCAACAUCAAAACACAGUACUUGAUGCAGAGCAUGAGAGGUCGAUGUUAGAAGGCGCUCUUACAUUUCUUGUGAUUCUUUUGAGUCUUCGUUUACAUUUAGGAAUGUCUGAUGAUGAGAUUCUUAGGGCAGAGAUGGUAGCCCAGCUGUGUAUGAAUGACAGGACACAUAGUUCAUUGCUGGACCUCAUUCCAGAAAAUCCAAAUCCCAAAAGUGGCAUUAUUCCGGGCAGUUAUAGCUUUGAAUCAGUUUUAUCAGCUGUAGCUGAUUUUAAGGCUCCUGUUUUUGAACCUGGAGGUUCUAUGCAACAAGGCAUGUAUACUCCUAAAGCUGAAGUCUGGGAUCAGGAGUUUGACCCCGUCAUGGUCAUUCUUCGAACAGUUUACCGUAGAGACGUGCAGUCUGCAAUGGACAGAUAUACAGCAUUUUUAAAACAGAAUGGAAAAUUCCCUGGAAAUCCUUGGCCUCCUUAUAAGAAAAGGACACCACUCCAUCCCAGCUAUAAAGGUCUCAUGAGACUAUUGCACUGUAAAACUUUACAUAUUGUGCUAUUCACUCUGCUUUACAAGAUUUUAAUGGAUCAUCAAAAUCUGUCAGAACAUGUACUCUGCAUGGUUUUAUAUCUGAUUGAAUUAGGACUUGAAAAUUCAGCUGAUGAGGAAUCAGAUGAAGAGGCAUCAGUGUGUGGACCAGAACGUUGUCAUGACAGUUGGUUUCCUGGCAGUAAUUUAGUAGCCAACAUGCGACACUUUAUAAACUAUGUUAGAGUGAGAGUUCCAGAGACUGCUCCUGAAGUGAAGAGAGACUCACCUGCAAGUACCAGCUCUGAUAGCUUGGGUUCUUUACAAAGUUCACGAAGGCCUAAAGUUCUUCAAAGAGAGAAUUCUGGUACAGCCCAGGUUUUCAGCUUAGUAGCAGAGCGUAGAAAGAAGUUUCAGGAGAUCAUCAAUCGUAGCAGCAAUGAAGCAAAUCAGGUGGUUCGUCCUAAAACUUCAAGUAAAUGGUCUGCUCCUGGUUCAGCUCCACAGUUAACUACAGCCAUUUUGGAAAUUAAAGAAAGUAUAUUGUCUUUGCUAAUUAAACUUCACCACAAACUCUCAGGAAAACAAAACUCCUACUAUCCUCCUUGGCUUGAUGACAUAGAAAUUUUGAUCCAACCAGAAAUUCCUAAAUAUAGUCAUGGAGAUGGUAUAACUGCGGUAGAGAGAAUUUUACUAAAAGCUGCAUUGCAAAGCAGAAUGAACAAACGUAUCAUUGAAGAGAUAUGUAGAAAAGUGACCCCUCCUGUACCACCCAGAAAAGUCACUGCAGCAGAGAAGAAAACAUUGGACAAAGAAGAAAGGCGACAAAAGGCUAGAGAGAGGCAGCAAAAAUUGCUUGCAGAGUUUGCUUCACGACAAAAAAGCUUUAUGGAAACUGCAAUGGAUGUUGAGAGAUUUUUCUUCUCAGAUUCUCCUGAGAAUGAUAUUCCUAUGGAGAUCACCACAGCAGAACCACAAGUUUCUGAGGCAGUAUAUGAUUGUGUUAUUUGUGGGCAGAGUGGCCCCUCCUCUGAAGACCGACCUACAGGAUUGGUUGUUCUGUUACAAGCAUCCUCAGUUUUGGGGCAGUGCCGUGACAACACUGAGCCAAAAAAGUUGCCUAUCACUGAAGAGGAACAGAUUUAUCCUUGGGAUACAUGUGCAGCAGUUCAUGAUGUGAGGCUUUCAUUAUUACAGCGUUAUUUUAAAGAUAGUUCUUGUCUCUUGGCAGUAUCAAUUGGCUGGGAAGGAGGUGUUUAUGUACAAACCUGUGGACAUACAUUACAUAUAGAUUGUCAUAAGUCUUACAUGGAAUCAUUACGGAAUGACCAGGUUCUUCAGGGGUUCUCCGUGGACAAAGGAGAAUUCACCUGUCCUCUCUGCAGGCAGUUUGCGAACAGUGUUCUUCCUUGUUAUCCUGGAAGCAAUAUGGAAAAUAACCUUUGGCACCGUCCUAGUAACAAAAGCUUACAAGAUCUCAUAAAGGAAGUGGAGGAGCUGCAGGGACGGCCGGGAGCUUUCCCAGUAAGCAUCAGUUCUGAAACUAACUUAAGUAAAGAAAUGGAAUCUGUAAUGAAAGAUAUAAAAAAUACUACUCAGAAGAAAUAUAGAGACUAUAGCAAGACCCCAGGCUCACCAGACAAUGAUUUUCUUUUUAUGUAUUCUGUUGCUAGAACAAAUUUGGAACUUGAAUUAAUACAUCGAGGAGGCAAUUUGUGUUCAGGGGGUGCAAGCACAGCUGGGAAAAGGUCUUGUUUAAAUCAACUGUUCCAUGUAUUAGCCUUGCACAUGCGGCUUUAUAGCAUUGAUUCUGAGUUUAAUCCCUGGAGAAAGCUUACUCAGUUAGAAGAGAUGAAUUCGCAGUUGGGAAAUGAAGAACAACAGCCUGAGGUUCCAAUUCUUUAUCAUGAUGUUACAUCCCUUUUGCUCAUCCAGAUUUUAAUGAUGCCACAACCCUUACGCAAAGACCACUUCACCUGCAUUGUGAAGGUGCUUUUUGCCCUACUGUACACACAAGCUCUUGCGGCACUUUCAGUCAAAUGCAAUGAGGAAGAUAGGUCAGCCUGGAAACAUACAGGAGCUCUCAAAAAGAAUACGUGUGAUGCAGAAAAGUCUUAUAAAGUGCUAUUGAGCUUUGUGAUAAGUGAACUCUCUAAAGGAAAGUUAUACCAUGAAGAAGGAGCUCAGGAGUGUGCAAUGGUUAGCCCUAUUGCUUGGUCUUCUGAAUCCAUGGAAAAAUACUUGCAGGACUUCUGCUUACCUUUCCUCAGAAUCACCAGCCUUCUUCAGCAUCACCUUUUUGGGGAAGAUUUACCUAGCUGCCAGGAAGAAGAAGAAUUUUCAGUUCUUUCCAGCUGCCUGGGACUUCUGCCAACAUUUUACCAAACAGAACAUCCCUUCAUCAGUGCCUCCUGUCUGGAUUGGCCAGUUCCAGCAUUUGAUAUUAUAGCUCAGUGGUGUUCUGAGAUAAAUUCAUUUACUGAAAGACAUGCAGAACAAGGAAAGGCCUUGCUUAUCCAAGAGUCAAGAUGGAAGUUACCACACCUACUACAGUUGCCUGAGAAUUAUAAUACCAUUUUCCAGUACUACCACAGAAAAACCUGCAGUGUCUGCACCAAGGUUCCUAAAGACCCUGCUGUUUGCCUUGUUUGUGGCACUUUUGUAUGCCUGAAAGGACUUUGCUGCAAGCAACAAAGUUACUGUGAAUGUGUAUUGCAUUCUCAGAACUGCGGUGCUGGCACGGGGAUUUUCCUCCUGGUCAAUGCGUCGGUGAUCAUCAUCAUCCGAGGGCACCGCUUCUGCCUGUGGGGCUCAGUGUACCUGGACGCGCACGGAGAGGAAGACCGGGAUCUUAGGCGAGGCAAGCCUCUCUACAUUUGUAAGGAAAGAUACAAAGUUCUUGAACAACAGUGGAUCUCUCAUACUUUUGAUCACAUCAAUAAAAGAUGGGGUCCACACUACAAUGGGCUCUGACUCACCACCUCAGCACUGCAUUAUAUUAUCAUUUUCAUUAAGAAUUUAUCAACAAUAAGCUUUAACUUAAUUUGGGGGAUUAACACUUUUGCUGAGGGGAAAAAAAGAAAACUUACGUUAUGAAGCCUUUCCAAAAUUAGGUGCUUGGUAAUCACAUUAAUGGUAUAAUAAUUUUAAAAAGUAUCUGGAGAACAUAAGUUACAAGUUAGAUCAUUCUUUAGUGGUCAUUUAAAAAAAUCUACAAUUAAUAAGAAGCACAAUUUGACAAAAUUAUUUAAAACUGAUUCUCCCAGCAAUGCAUAUCAAUGAUUCAUUGAUACUUAGAGUGGGUAUGAUUUAUUUAAAGUUUUACUGCUUCUUUAUGUCUGUGUGUUAAUUUGCAUCUGCUAAACAUAAUGCAUCUUUUCCCCUCACCAUUCUUGUGUUGAUUUGAGAUUUUUGCUGUAUGUAAUUAGAAAAAAAUGUAAAACAUGAUUUAUGUGAAAUAUUGUAUAGUAAAAGUUGGUUUAAUAGUAGAACUUUAAAAUGUUUUUCUUAUUGUGAGGAAUCUGUUAAAGUUUAAGGCUUUGCUGAAAACUUAAUUCAUUCUCAGGAAUUUCAUAAAUAUUCUCCCCAGGUAAAUAAUUGAAAUAAUUGUAAAAUAAGUAGAUAGCUGCUGUUAAUAUAAUACAGUACAUUUUGGGAGAUACAUGAAUGCUUGGGGAAGGGAGCCCUUAAAAUCAAAAUUUUCCAUUUCAGUUGGUUGAAUUACUGGAGGUAGUAACAAAUAGAUUUGACUAUAAAAUUAAGUUUUAAGAGCAUACACAUGGCAGAUUUUGAAUCUGCUCAUGCCCAUCUUUUAUUACCAACCACACUUUUUUUUUAAAUGACUGGAUUGGAAAUGCUCAGACUUCCCCACAAAUGAAGCAUAGUUUUGGAACUUUCCUUUCAACUCAAGAGGUUCAUCUAUAUAUUUGUGCAAUGUAAUCACUGCUAUUUCUGCUUGGUUUCCUAAAAAGGGGGGAAAAGGCUCAGUGGUGAGGACCCUCAUGAAUGAACCUCACAUCUGCAUUCUUCUUAAGUGCUGUUGUGAAAAGCAAUUUAUGUUUGUAGGGUUUUUAAGUCAGAAUGGGAAUGAUUGAGCUAAACUCUAUUAGAAGAGAAGGAAGAUUACAGAAAAGCAUGUUAUAUAUUGCUGCCGUUUUUUUUUCUUCCAAUUAAUUAAGUUGAUGAUUAUUUCAUACUUAGUGCUAUCAGGCAAUUCCAGAUACUUUGGACUGAACAUGGCUUGUUAUAUAAAAUUACAUUUUUACAUAUAAAAAUAACCUAAAAAAAUCUCGUGGUAAAAUAUAAAAAUAAAGUCAGAUCUAGCUUCUAAAAAUCAUGAAUGACAUGAUAUUACAGAAUAUGCAAGUGGACAUUAAAUGAUGGCCUUGGUUAAAGUAGAGAGAGCAGAACAGUACAUACUCAAAUGUGUUCAAAAAGUAAAAAAAUUACCUAUAGCUCUACAAUAAAAUACAUGGAAAUAGCUUGCUAUUUUUAUAUACAUUUCCAAAAUAUUAAGAUAACUUUCUGAAAGAUUAGAAUGAUUCUGUUUAAAUAGCUGUCCUUUCCAACUCAUUGCUACUUUUUACAGUAAUGUAUCAUAAGUUCAGCCUACCAUAUUUUUUUUGCAUCAGUCAUUAUGAAUACCAGACCAUUUGUAAGUGUGGUUGAAGAGCAAAAUGCUAAUUUACAUCUCUAGUAAAUACUGUUUCAGGAUUCAUGAACUUGAAUAAUUCUACAGUUUGAAACUCUGAUGCUAUAUAUACAUGGUAUAAUGUAUUCAGACUUUGAUUACUACAUAUUUAAAAUGGAAUGUUUUAUGGUUGUGCAUAUGGAUGUGAAGUGAAAUAUUUAGCCUUAACAUUAAAAUUUGGGUUUGAUAGUGUUUAUUUUGAUAUUGGUGAAUUAGUCACCAAUAAAUUUUUUAAAAGCACUUGGUUGAAAAUUGUACUUGAAUUCAUACAUGCAUGCUGCUAAACUAGAACUUUAAUUUCCCCCCCAUAAUUUUUUUAAGUACCAUUUAUAAAUCCACUUUUAAAAAUAACAGAUCCAAGUUAGAGUGCUGUGUGUAUAUUAUUCAAAAAAUGUACUGGUGUGAUACCUUGUAUGAAUGAUCAUUUAAAUACAGUACAUUACUGUAGAAGCUAAAUCAAUCUUUAUAAUUAAGCAAAAAUUAUAAACCUAGGAAUAAUCAACAUUGUAAGAUAUGUUAAUAAAAACCUACUGUCAUUUGGUUUGUGAAAGGUCCUUAAAAUGUUUAAUGUUUACAUGUUUUUUCAAAGAUAUUGACAAUAAUGUAUGUAAGUGAGCACGGCUCAAAAGAUGAAAGCAUAACAUAGCUAAUAAUUGCUUUGAGGUGGAGUUUAAGUGUAAAGGGUUUGUUUUUUCUUUUUUCUUUUGAGAGCUAGUUCCUAUUUCUGCUAUCCUUGUGUUAAAAUUAAUGCAAAGCCUUUGCUAAGUGUAUGUGUUUUGGAAAGGAGUGGCGAGAAGAAAAUGGUUGUGCAGAUCUGAGGAACACUGCAUGGUCCUUGCUUUCUGAAAAUUCCCAGCUGGACUUUAGAAAUCUGAAGUGAUUCGUGAUAAUGGUCUUUUUGAAUGGUCUGUGGAGGUGUUUGAAUUGACAGUCCUCAUCCCUACCCCUCCAUCCUGGAGCUCACCAGCCAAUCAUCACCAGCCAGUUAGGAAUCCAUUUAUGUUUACAAACCUUUCUUUCUGCUUUAUGUGUUUUGGUAUUUAUUGAUUUCUUUGACCUAGAAGAAAUGCUGACAAAAGCACUGAAAGCUUGGAGAGAACAACAGCACGAGAGGAGAGGUGGCCCAGGAGUCUCUUGAGUCUUCUCCAGGAUUGUCAUCGCUAAUUCUCAAGUUCCCAUUCUUGGCUCAUAUUUGAGGUCAUGUUGACAACAACAAAACCCAAAAGAACGCAACAUAGUUUUAACCACUAGAAUCACCAAGACAAGAUACAUUUAUUGUAGCUUGGGGUUAUGCCUGACACUUGAGAAUUAGUGGGAGAGCAGAAGACUUGUUACUGUCUCAGUUCCAUUCACAGCACAUAGUUCUUUCUUUUAUUUUUGUGAUCUGACUGGAUCAAGCUCAUCAGGGGUGAGCUGGAGUGGGCAGAAGGAUGGCAACGUCAUCACUUCUCGAUUUGUGAACUUCAGGCUCCCUCGAUAAUGAGGCAUAUCAAGUAUUGAAGAGCUGUACCAUCUUAGUGUGCAGUAAUCUAGCAGUGGAGAGGAUGCCACUCCAGCUGAUGCAACACAAUGAAGAAGCAUAGUGAUACCGUGAGUGAGUUAAGUUAAUAUGAAAUAUGACAGUACCAAGAUUGAUGUGGCAGAGCUCAAGAGCAGGCCAGAGAAGUAGGUUCAAGGGCACAGAUAAAUAGUUCAGCUUGAGAGGAAGGAAUAGGGGCAAGAGAAAGGAAAGAAAGUUUAAAGGAAGGAAAGGAGUCCUAUCCAUUUCCCUCUUACCUCGGUGACAGAGUAGCAGAAUCAUCUGUUGAGAGUGAGCAAGUGUAGAAUAACUUGGGCGCUUGAGGUAAGUGGUGAAAGUUGAGACAUAUGGUAGGAGAGAAUAGGCUGGGAAUAAGGAGAAGCACCGCAGAAGUCCUAUUGAGGGCCCAGUAGGGUUAGGAGCCAUAUUUUAAUGGAGCCAGUUAGAAAGGUUUUGUGACUUUAUGAAGCCCCCGAGCCCAGCAGUCUAGGACCCGAAGGGUAGAAGUUAGACUGCUAAAUUCAUGUUUUGGGGAUUUGAGAGAUGGGUACAAUAUAAGGUAGUAAGAAAUUUGGGGGUGCUAGUUGAAAUGAGUGUAGGGUCCAUGUGGGAUAAAUUGAAGGGUAUAAUAUAAAUCACAAGAUUUAAUGUAAGCUUUCAAAGUUUUCUUUCAAAGUUAUGGAAAUUGCUUUAGUGUUGAAGCAUUAAAAUUCACUUAUUUAGUAAAUUUUUUUCGUCUCCUAUGUGCCAAGCCUUGUGUAAAUACUGGAAAUACAAUGGAAAAGAAGCCAGACAAUCCUUUCUCUCACAGAGCUUUUUGUGUAAUUAAUGCUACAAGUGGUGUGUGUAGAGGGUGUUGGGGGCAAUGGAAUAUAGGGUACUAAAGAAGGCACCUCUAACCAGAUUUGGGAGUAUGAGGAGGCUUUCAGGGGGUAGAGAUGUCUAAAGAUGAUCCCCAAAUACUGUGUAGGAGAUGCCUGGGUGAAAGGGAAGGAAUACUGUUUUAGGCAGGUGAAGAGAAUCAUUUGCAAGAGUCAGAGUUGAGAGAGAAUCUAUAGUUAAAGACCCGAAAGGGAAUCAUUUUGACUCUAACAUAAGUGCUUUUGAGAGAGAAGUAAAAUCUAAAUUACAAAGGAUUUUGUAAGUCUUCCAAGAGUUUUAGACUCUUUAGAGAGCAGUGGGAAGCCAUCAGCUUUGCAUUUUAGUAAAGUUAGUCCAGCUGCACUGUGGAGAAAAAUCCAGAGUGGGAAGACUUGCCUAGGUAUCUGUUGAAAGAAUCCAGACACAACAUAACAGUUGGCUCAAUUAGGGGAGUUGUGGUGGAGACAGAAAGAAGUGGACAAUAUCAGAAGAGAAUUGACAGAAUUCAAUAGGUUAAGGGAGAGCAGGGAAUAUUAAGUGCCUACUGUGUGCCAGAUGCUAAGCAAGUCAGAGUGUUAGUGUCUCCCUGCAGUCUAGUUGGAAACAGCACUCUACAGUAAAUGGAUGUUAUCAGCAAGUUAGGCAGAGGGCUAUGGGAACCAAUGGGCUCAUUUAGUUUGGGGAGCUCACAGACUGCAUAGAGGAAGUGAUGUUUAAACUGAGACCUGAAAAAUGGGUAGAAAGCUAAGUGAAGGAGGGGAGGUGGUUCUCAACCUUCCUAAUGCCGCGACCCUUUAAUACAGUUCCUCAUGUUGUGGUGACCCCCAAACAUAAAAUUAUUUUCGUUGCUACUUCAUAACUGUAAUUUUGCUACUUUUAUGAAUCAUAAUGUAAAUAUCUGAUAUGCUCUAUGUGUUUUCUGAUGGUCACGACCCACAGGUUGAGAACCGCUGGAAUAGAGGGAGGGCAUUCUAAACUUUAGAAUCUAAAGGGUAUAUAUAGCAUACAGGCCCUGGAAUAAGCGUGGGCAAGGUACACUCCAGAAACUGAAUGGAUCUUUAGAAUAUCGUGCUAAGUGAAAUAAGUCAGAUGGAAAAGGACAAAACCAUAUGCUUUCACUCAUGGAAUAUAAAAAAAGCAACAAGAACAAACUCCUAGAUACAACAGAUUGGUGGUUACAGAGGGAAAAGAGGGAGGGGAAGGGCAAAGUGGGUUAAGGGGGUCAAAUAUAUGCUAACAAGGAAACUAGACUUCAGAUGGGGAGCGUGCAGUAGAGUACACAGAUGUCAAAUUAUAAUAUUGUGUAUCUGAAAAUUACAUAAUGUUAUUACCCCGUGUUGCCCCAGUAAAGAAAAAGAAACUGAAAGAAGUACAGUACAGUUGAAGCAUUGAAAGCAGAAGGGUGUGGUGGGUGUGGCAAGAUAUGAUGCAGGAAAGAUAGGCUUGAAUCAGAUCAUGCAUGGCCUCGAGCCAUGUUAUGGAUUUUGAUCUUUGUCCUUACAAUGACAGAAAGUCAUUGUAAGAGAUUAAGUAGGGUAGUGAGUGUUCAGAUUGCAAUAUUAAAAUGAUCAUUAUGGCCUCAGUUUAGAGCAACGGUCAGCAAACAUUUUCUACAAAACAUAACAACCAUUCAACUCUGCAUUGUAAUGCAAAAGCAUCCACAGACAUUUGUGGCUUCUAGUAUUGGCAAAUAAAGAGAUUCAGCCUAUGUUAGAUAUCUACUCCUGGUUAACAAAUUAGCCUAAAAUUAAUGCAAUAAAAUAAUAUUCCUUAUAUUACAGUCUGUGGGCCAGGAAUCCAGGAGUAGCUUAGCUGAGUGAUUCUGGCUCAGAGUCUUAGGCUGUAAUGAAAGUCUCAGCCGAGCCACAGUCACCUGAGGCUUGACAGGCUGGAGGAUUUGCUUUCAAAUUCACUUGUGGUUUCUUGCCAUGUGGGGUCUCCACAGGGCUGCUAACAACCCAGCAACUGAUUUCUCCAGGACAAGUGAUCGAAGAGCGGGAGAGACAGAACAUACACAAAAAACAUACCCAAGAUGAAAGCCCCAGUAUCGAUUUAUUUAAAGUUUUUUUGUUGUUGUUGAUUUUGAGAGAGAAAUAUUGAUGUGAAAGCAGAAUAUAGAUUGGCUGCCUCCUGCAUGCCUCCCAGGGAUCAAGCCUGCAACCCAGGCCUGUACUUGACCUGGAAUUGAACCACCUCUUUAGUGAAUGGAACUGUGCCCAACCAACUGAGCCACAAUGGCCAGGGCAAGUACCCUUUAUUAACAAAAAUUUUCCCCCAGUGUCUUUUAUAACCUAAGCUGGAAGAGGGAUAUUACUUCUGUCAUACAUACCAACCCUCGUACAAUGUGGGAGGGGUUUACACAAAUUUUUUUUUCAUAGCCUGCUAUUCACAAAACUUGCCUUAGAUAGUAGGUAUGAUAUAAAGUGGAGACCCCAGCUCGUAGUUUUGGAGUGCCUACCCUGAGUGAGGAGACAUUGUGCUUGGCAUUUUAUCCACAUUAUCUUGUUUAAUUCUUGCAGCAAAUCUAUUGGACAGACAGUAUUUUCCUCAUUUUACUGAUGAAGAAAUUAGGCUCAGAGAGGACAAUUGGUGCAAUGCCACAUGUCAGUACAUAUCAGAGUUGGAAUUCAAAUCCUAGUUUAACUCAUUGUUUUUCUUCAGUAUUUUGCUAGAUCAGAAAAUGACGAAGGUGGUUGCAGUGUUAGAAAUGUACAUGAGCUGCAUUUCUAGGCAACCUUAAAGAAUUGUUAGAAUAAAGUGCCCCUGGGAAUGCCAAGGAGAAGUCAUUCCAUCUGGUCAAUCAGAGAAGGCUCAGCCAAGAAGACGGCUCUGAAAGAGGUCUGGAAGGAUGCAUAGGAUUUUAUCAAGCAGGUCAAGGGUGUAGGACCAUCUGGGCUGAUGAAAAAGUGGCAGAUGCAAAGGCAGGGUGGCCGUAGAGUACACACUGAUCCCUUGGGAAUGAAGCUCUUGAGAUGCCGAAAAAAGGAGUUUUGACUUUCUAAGUGAUGAGUCAUCCCAGGUGGUUGAGCAGGGGAGUGGUGCCUCCACGGUGGGCGCUGAGAGGAAGAAUGCAGUGGCGCUGUGAAGGGGAGGCUGCAUUGUCAUUUUAGUCCACGUGAGAAAUAAUCAGGAUCUGAAGGGAAUCAAGAACGAGGGAACCGCAGAAAGGUGCUCAAAAGCCCCGUCUUUUGCACGCUGGAAGUGACCGAUGUGGGGUCAGGGCAGGGGGAGGCUGGAGUUACUGAGGCCUCUACACUGAGUGACUGAGCAGGUAAUGAUUUUAGUCUCCACUGUGGGGAACACGGCAGAGGACAAUUUUUGUUAGAAUACAGAGUUGAAUUUGGGACAGUUCUAGGGUGCUCAUGACAUACAGGUGGAGCUACCUUGUCUGGAGCCAGAGAUGCAAACGUGGGAUGAUUUUCAUGAGGCCAUGGCAUGAGAUACCAUGAGAGAGGGCAGAGGACAGAGUCUCUUUGAUGAGUCCAUUUACGAGUAAAUGAGGUGUAUGGUGACUUGUUAGAUUAGGCAGGCCAAUGCCACUGACAAAGGGACUUGAAGAUUGAAUCUAGUUUGUCUCAGUGAAUAAAAGGCCAGGGAGUGAGUGAAGGGCCAGGUUGGGGGAAUGUGGGACAGGAGAUAAGGAAGGUUGUGCAGAAAAGAUCUGGGAACAGUGUAGCAGGAACAAUUUUAAUGUCUUUUUAAAGAGUUUUGCUUCUCAGGAGAACCACCAGCAGUGGUGGGAGGUCCCUAACCAAGAUUCCCUGACACACUGGAGAGUCUGGCUUAGCGGCAGUUAAGGGACAGUCAUCUUUCAUCUGCCUUCUCCACACGUACCAUGUCCUAAAUGCUCCCAGACUGAGCUUUAGAUUGUUAUCUUCCUAUAAAGCAGUGGUUCUCAACCUUCUGGCCCUUUAAAUACAGUUCCUCAUGUUGUGACCCAACCAUAAAAUUAUUUUCGUUGCUACUUCAUAACUGUAAUGUUGCUACUGUUAUGAAUUGUAAUGUAAAUAUCUGAUAUGCAGGAUGGUCUUAGGCGACCCCUGGGAAAGGGUCGUUCGACUGCCAAAGGGGUCUCGACCCACAGGUUGAGAACCGCUGCUAUAAAGCAAACUGGACUAUGAAGGGGAGCCAGAGGCAGAUAUCACGGUGAUGGCAUUGUUCUGUAUUUGAUGGCAGCAGGGGUUACAUAAAUCCACAUGUGAUAAAAUGACAGAACUGCACACACAUUUUACCAAUGUAUUGUUUCCUAGUUUUGAUAUUGGACUAUGGUUAUGUAAGAUAUAAAAAUGAAGGAACCUGAGUAAAGGACA